AUGUCUGAUCCGGAGCCUUCUGUGGCGGCCUCGUCCUCCCCGCCAUCAGCCCAGGCGUCCGAUUCUGCUGCUGCCGCCGCCCUCAACUACGCCUUUCUCGUGCACUCGCAGAAGACUCUGACCCAGAACCUUCCUCCACGCGUGGAUAAUAAGCUGCUGGCUCGGCAGAAGCGUCGUCGGACGAGUCCCGAGGACCAUGCCAUUCUCGAGGCCGAGUAUCAACGCAAUCCCAAACCCGACAAGGCGGCCCGUGCCGAUAUAGUCAGUCGCGUGUCGUUGGGAGAAAAAGAGGUCCAGAUAUGGUUCCAGAAUCGGCGGCAGAACGAUCGUCGGAAGUCCAAACCGCUCCAGCCUCAUGAACUCGUUGCCCCGCGGUCCGCCGACACGUCGAAGCAGAGUGGUAGUGAUGAUAAUCUCCCGACGGAACUGGAGUCUUCCAGCGGAGCGGAGCAGGAUGAGGGGAACAGUCAGGAUACCAAUUCCCCCGACCACGCGUCUUUCGAGUCAGACGGAGUACAUGAGGAUAAGGACGGGUUUGUACAGCAAUCUUCGCAGGCAAGUGCUGCGUCGACGGAGGCUGUGGAGAGUAGUCAACCUGCACCAGAAGAGUCUAGGCCGGAGCCGGAGCCCGUGCAGGACCCUGAAGUCGUUGAUGAGUCCCAACAGGGCUCGGCUAAAAGAAAGCGAUCUGUUUCCGACCUGCGGGAAGCCCGACCCAUCGUGCAGCAGGCGACAACACCCAAUGGGAUUCAGACAAUGAAGUCGCCGCCAUCUCUGCGAAUAUCACUAUCGUUUGACGGGGAGGCAAUGGUCAGAAAGGAAGGCGAGUUGACCCCCUCGCCGCCAAAGGGACGCAACGCACUCCGGAUUGCCAUGUCGUCGGACGGAAAGGCAGUCAUUCGUGCGGAAGGAGAACCCUCCCCGUCCAAAAACCGGAUUUCUAUGUUUUCGACGCGCAAGUCUCGUCUGGGGGGACUCCGAAGAAGCAACAGCGCGGUUGUGCUAGGGACCCCGCGUGGCUCCAUCGAGAAAGAGAGGCUAUUCGGGAGGUCUCGCGACCCGAGAAACUGGGAGUCCUUUGUCGAUACCGACGCACGGAGCGCCUUGUCGACGCCGACGAGCUCACAGAGCAACCCGCAUUCUGGAUCCCCCGCGCUGUUCCGCUCCAGCAGUCAGCGCUCGCUGACGCGAAGCUUGUCCGCAAGACACUCGAACAACCUGGCAGCUGCUUCAGCCGAUUACAUGAAUACCCCCGUUCCCCAGCCGUCGAGAGAGAAGCGGCGGAAGAUCUCUCGCACCGUUUCUUCUCUCGGUCGUCUGGAGUCCAGCAUGAGCGCCCCCAACAAGUCGCUAUACACAUCCAAAACACCCAAGACGCCAGCCCACGGCGCCAAAGACGAUUUGGACGGCGGUGAUUCCGACAAGGAGAACUGGAUACCAGGAACCCGGGUGACGCAUGCGCGUCGGCGGCCCACCACGCACCAACAGUUCCAACGAUCCGUUCUCCGCGAAUCCAACGGUCGCGAUGGCCGAUUGACCAAAGGCUUAUCCGCUGGCGGUAAACAGUCUCGGAAAGCUAGCGGCGGUAACAGCAAGACGGCGCCCCCGGUAGAUGCCGAGGUGUCGGCUUUUAUGUCCGGCGGAGGCAGCGCCAGUCAAGAGGAAGACCUCGAUUGCAUACAAGGCCUGCUAUCUCUGAGCCAAGGAGCCUGGAGAUAG